AAUUAAUGUAGAUGAUGAAGACCUUCCUGAUGUGGACGGUGAAGAGGGUGCCUCUGAAGCUGAAAUGGCUGAUGAGCCUGAUGAUUCUAUGCACAUAUUCACGGGUCAUACUGACGAGCUAUACUCGGUUGCUUGCAGCCCAACAGAUGCCUUGUUAGUAGCAACUGGGGGUGGAGAUGACAAAGGUUUUCUUUGGAAGAUCGGUCAAGGAGAUUGGGCUUUUGAGCUUCAAGGUCACAAGGAUUCUGAGUUUCUUGACAUCGUUGAUGCCAGUCGUACUGCUAAUUAAAGUCAAUCCUGAAGCCUCCACUCCAAUUUACUCGCUCCGUGGCCUCGACAACUUCAAGUUCUUCUCAUUGUCUUUCUACUGGUACUGGUAAGAGUACUCUGUCUUCAUUGUCUUUUUACUUCUCAACACCUUAUCGUCUUUUUACUCUAUUCUCAAAUUUGCUGGAUUCUUUCCAAUUUCGUUGACUUUAUGUUUGCUGGUAAUUAAAGUUUAUUGCAAUUUUUCUAGAAUUUUCAAUUGCGUGGGUACUGAUUUUGCUGCCCUUUUAUAUUUUAAAGUUAUUUGUUUUGUGAAAAAAAUAGUAAUAAUAAUAAUUUGUUUAUAUAUGUGUAAGUAUUUUUGAUGGU